AUUAUUUUAGUGGUUGCUCAGUCCUAUUUUUUUUUUUAAUUCCAUUCAAUCCACAAUGACUGGAGGCGUAACUCUGGUGAACAUUCUGAACAAGCUCCGUGCGUCCGGCUCAAAGCGCGCGACUCUCGUUGAGCUCCAUUGCCAUAUGGAUGGAUCGCUGCGGACAUCCACGAUUCUCGACGUUGCGCAGCGUCGCGGCAUUGCGCUUCCCGCGUCGACCGUCGACGAGCUGCACAAGUACGUGACUGUCGCGCACGACUGCACGUCGCUGACGUCGUUCCUGAGCACCUUUGGCGUCUUCAUCCCAGUCAUCCGAGGUGACGCCGAGGCCAUUGAGCGCAUGGCUUACGAACUGUGCCAGGAUCAGGCCGCGCGGGGCGUCUGCUACUUUGAAGCACGCUAUGCGCCGCAGUUGCUCAAUGACGCGACAUUGUCGAUCGAGCAGGUCAUCGAGGCGGCCUGCAGAGGCCUCCAGCGAGGAAUCGCAGACUUUAACAUCUAUGCCAAGUUCAUUCUGUGCUGCAUGCGCCACAUGCCCGAAACUUCACUGCAGGUUGCGCACCUUGCCGCAAAGUAUCGAUCGUCAGGUGUGGUUGGAAUUGAUCUUGCCGGUGACGAGGCCCACUUUCCGGCAUUGCCGCAUGCUCCUGCCUUCCAAUUCGCCAAAGAGCAGUCCAUUCGCCGAACUGUGCAUGCUGGCGAGGCUGGCCCUGCUGCAAACGUUUCUGAGGCCCUCGAUGUCCUUCAUGCUGAGCGCAUUGGCCAUGGCUAUCACAUUAUCGACGACCAGCAAGUGUACGAACGCGUCAAGCGAGACCUCGUCCACUUGGAAUGCUGCUUGACCUCCAGUCUGCAGACUGGUGCAGUUGCGUCAGCCCAAAACCACCCCAUCGUCAAGUUUGAGGCAGACCGCCUCAACUUUUCUCUGAACAGUGACGAUCCAGCCGUGUGCCGCACCAACGUUCGCGAGGAACAUGAGCUGGCUGUAUCCGAGUUUCACCUUGCCCCCUCUGCUCUCCAGCGCGCGACACUCAAUGCUGCCGAAGCGACCUUCCUCGACUCUGACGACAAGGCGCUGCUGCGCGACUACCUCUCUGAAGUGUACUCCUCCUAGAUUGAACUCGAACGGAUCCAUUCAUUUUAGCAUCAUCGUCCUGUUGCUUGCUCAACUCGUUGCUGUUGCUGCUGUUGUUGCUUGUCUGCUCACCCCCACGAUUACAACGACGCUUUUGACUCUGUCACUUGAUUGCUAAGAGUUGCCGCCUUCGUCGGUUUUGUCAUUCUCAGUCGAAACCUGUCAAAUUCAUUUUUAGCCGCGUCUUCCUCUUC